AUGAACAACAGAAAGCGCUCUGGAGGACAGCAGGAGCAGGGCUCUAGGACAGGAGGGGCAAAGGAACCCCCUUCACCUAUUGCUGGCCAAACAUCUUCCCACAAGGCCCGGGACACCGCGUCCCGCCGCUGCGGGCCCGUCCCCGUGUCCCACAUCCCGGGCGACUCCGCGGAAAGCGCCGGGACGCACCUGCGCCCGUCACUCCUCCCCGGCAGCAAGCGCGAGGGCAGCACCCGGCGGCAUCCAUCCCUCGAUCCCACACCCGCCGCCGAGCACCGCUCGGCGGGAGCCGCUCGGGGCCCGGGGCCCCCCGGUGGCGACACCGAGCAGCCUCCUCCGCCACGGCGAGGCCGGAUGGGCGCCGGGAAGGCGGCGGCGGGCACGGCACAGCACCGCCCCAUCCCAGCCCCGCACGCCGCCACGAUCCCCGUUAUCCCGCAGCGCUGGAGGCGGAGGGGGGUGCAGGGGGGCUACACCGGCCUCUGCCGCCCGGGAGUUUUAAAGGGGCAGCGCGCCUCUCUAGGACAGGAGCAGCGGCUUUGCCCCGGGGGUGCCCGGAAGGCCGCUCCCGUUCCCGGUGGUGGGGCGGGCGCGGAGGGAGGGGCGGGGGCUGGGUGUCUCCCGCUGCCGCCACAGCGCUCGCCGCCUCCCCUCCCCCACGGCGGGGGCUCCUCGCCGCAGCCUCUGUGCUCCGCUCCCGGUCAUGUGACCCGAACGUAA